UUCCCCUUCCCCCCUGAAGACGAAUCGGGGAAAGUUUAGGGAAGAGCAGUUUGUGGAUUACAGAAGGAGCUGGUUCAGAUUGUUGGACGGGGGGGUUUUGCUCUGGAUUCAUGUGGUCGUGAUUGAGAGGAACUAUCGAUUGUUAGUAGGUAGGAGGUGAAAGGGGGGAGUCAUGAGGGUCAUCUUGUCCUCCCUUGUGCUGCUGUCCAUCUGGUCAGGUCAUGGGGGUCGAUUGGCAUCCGCUGAAGAUUCAGAUUCAGGCUCGCCCUGCCCAUCUCUGCAGGUUGAAGACUGGAAGUUUCCACAGACGGCCAGACACAACAUUACUGGUUUCAAUCUGGUGCGGCGGUUCUCCCUGCUGAAGAACAGCGAAGUAAAGAAGAUUCGUAACCCGCGAGGGCCUGUCAUCCUCCGCCUCGGAAAAGUCCGCCUCAUCCAGCCUACUGAUGAAGUGUUUCCACACGGAUUGCCAGAGGAGUUCACCGUGGUUUUCACCCUGCUGUUGAAAAAGAAGAGUCUGGCAGACAACAUCUAUCUUUUCCAGAUAUCUGAUGAGCAAGGGUAUCCUCAGCUGUCGCUGGAUCUAAAUGGGCCGGAGGGUACGCUGGCUCUGCGCACGGGGUCCAGGGAUGCAGAGGCCCCGUUCGCAGGGUGCGUCUUUAACGGGGAAGGUGUUGAAUCACUGCUAGACCUGCGCUGGCAUAAAGUGGCCCUGAGCGUGCAGAAAAGAGCAGCCUCCCUGCAUGUGGACUGCAGCUCCAUCGAGACCAAGCCCCUGGAGCCUUGGGGCCAGAUCUCUUCCACUGGACACACGCUGCUGGUCAUGAGGGCAAAUGAUGCUGCACCUGUGGAGAUGGACAUUCAGCAGAUGAUGGUGUAUUGUGACCCCAGUCUGGCCAUCCAGGAGGCUUGCUGUGAAAUCCCCGGCGCUCGGUGCCCUCCAGAUGCCCCAAAGAGUCGGAGAGCAGCGGAGAAUCAGGUGGAGUUUGUGCCCAAUCCCUUCAGCCAGGCAAUCCUUGGAUCAAAAGAAUUGGCAGAAAAGUGUGCAAGCUGUGUAUUGAUCAGUGAGGAACAGAAUGUUGUCCAGCAAGGGCAGACCGGUCAGCCUGGCCUUAAAGGAGAGAAAGGAGACCCGGGUCUGGACUGCACUGAGUCUGGGGUUCCUGGUCGAUGCUCGGAAGGAGCUAAGGGUGAGAAAGGAGAGAAAGGACAGUCGGGCCUGUCUGGAAACUGGGGAGGAGCUCUUGGUAUUAAGGGAGAUAAGGGACAGAAGGGUGAAGUCGGAUCUCAGGGUCUAACUGGAAAUCCGGGCAAAGACGGUCGGGCCGGUUCUAUUUGUGUAGUGGGUCCUAAAGGGCAGAAGGGAACUCCAGGUUCUGUUGGUCCAGAAGGGUUAGCGGGAGAACCAGGCCCACCAGGAAAUCCUGGACUACCUGGGAUUGGCAAACCUGGAUUACCAGGGACUCCAGGUGGACCUCCUGGAUCAAAAGGAGACAAAGGGGAUGCUGGGAUACCUGGAAAGGACGGCGGUCCUGGCGACCCCGGUCCAAGAGGGCCAGGAGGUUCCAAGGGUGAAAAGGGUGAUCCCUGUGAAGUGUGUCCAGUGCUGCCAACUGGUUCAGAGAACACAGUCACACUUCAAGGGAAACCUGGACCUAAAGGGGAACCUGGAGAGCCAGGGAUAGGACUGAGUGGUCUGCCCGGCUCUUCAGGAAAAGAUGGCAAGACGGGUGAAAAGGGUGAGCGUGGGUCUGAAGGAACCAAAGGGGAAAAGGGUGAGCCGUGUGCUGUGUGCCCUACGCUUGGUGAAAAACCUACAGCUCCCUUGAGCUCUCAGACUCAGAGUCUGAAGGGGGCUAAAGGAGAGAAAGGAGAGCCGCUGGCUGGGCCGAAAGGAGAGCAGGGAGAGCCAGGUCUCAGUGGUCUGCCUGGAUUAAAAGGGGAAAAGGGUAAUGCAGGCAGUAAAGGCAAUGAAGGAAAAACAGGCAAACCUGGUCCAAAAGGAACUGGUGGACAGAAAGGAAUAAAGGGGGAUCAUGGUCUCAAAGGUGAAAAGGGAGACUCGUGUGGUCAGUGCAUGACUUCCUCCGAGGGGAAAGGUGGCCCAACCCUUGUUAAAGUACCAGAAGGACCCAGUAUACCGGGCCCCCAGGGACCUCCAGGGCCUCCGGGGCCUCCAGGAGAGGCAGUAGAGGGCAAGCAGGGUCCUCCAGGCCUUGAAGGACUAAAAGGAGAAAAAGGUGAUCAGGGCUUACAGGGUGACCCAGGAUUGGCUGGGGCAGCUGGAACUCCAGGACUGCCUGGAGAGUCAGGUAGAGAUGGCCUUAACGGAUUGAAAGGAGAGAAGGGCGACGCGUGUGACAGCUGUCCGUCGCUCCCCGAGGGGACCGGUGAGGUGAUGGGUUUACCUGGACCCAAGGGAGAGAGAGGAGAGCCGGGUUUACCUGGCGAGGGAAGAACAGGGAAACAUGGAAUGCCAGGUUUGCCCGGUAGCCAGGGACCUUCAGGACCUAAAGGAAGUCAGGGUGAUCCUGGACCUGCAGGAGUUGGCCUCCCAGGACCACAGGGGGAACAAGGACCCAGAGGUCUCUCUGGAGCUGCUGGUCCUGUAGGGCCUCAGGGACCCCCCGGGAUGAUGGGACCAGCUGGACAGAGGGGCCUGAAGGGUGACGUAGGGCCACCAGGGCCCAAGGGUCCUUUAGGCAUGGGUGCAACAGGACCCCCGGGAAGGGAUGGCCUUCCUGGUUCACAUGGAAUCCCUGGGGAGGAUGGCAGACCUGGAGCCAGUGGACCUAAGGGUGACAAGGGUGAACCAGGAGAUUGCAACUGCCUGCCUAAUGCAGCAUUCAGAGUACCUGGUGUCAAAGGUUCUGAGAACAUGUGGCAGGCUGGCCCUCAGGGCCCUCCAGGACCUCCAGGACCCCCAGGGCCUCCAGGGCCCCAGGGCUUCACAGGCAUCCCAGGCCCACAGGGUCUCCCUGGCAAUGAUGGUCGCCCGGGUCUGCCCGGCCAAGCAAUCCCCAUACAGAUCGCAAAUGAUGAGGGUUCCCCCGACGUAAAGGUGGGGUGUGAAGACUGCACCCAAGGCCGGCCAGGCGCGCCUGGCACGGCUGACACUAAGAUUGACAAGGAAGAUCAGGGCAAGCCUGGUGUCAUUCCCAUAGAUGGCUGUGAGAGGUGUUUCAAGAGGCCGCAGAGCGAGGAAGUACCUAGAGGGCCUGCUAGCAACAACAAUGCUUGCACAGGUGUGCCAGGGACGCCUGGUAUCCCAGGGCAACCGGGCAUCAAAGGAGAUCCGGGCGACAGAGGUGAAAGAGGUCCUGCUGGCCUUCCUGGAAGCCCUGGUAAUAUUGGUUUCCCUGGUCCUCAAGGCCCUAGCGGACUACCUGGUCAGCAAGGUGAGAGAGGACAAAACGGGCUUCCUGGACUGAAAGGAGAACAGGGUCCACCUGGAACUCCAGGAUACCCAGGAACCAUGGGACCACCUGGACUUCCCGGGCUAAAAGGAGAAAGAGGCAGCCCAGGUACUGCGGGACAUAAAGGAGAAUCAGGCCCACCAGGACCUCCAGGUUUUUCAGGACCACAAGGCCCAGCUGGUCCCAAAGGAGAAGCAGGAGCAGCAGGAGCAUUGGGACAGAAGGGAGAUCAGGGAUUCCCAGGACCACCAGGAUUUCCCGGACAGCAGGGACCACCAGGAUUUCCAGGAAAAAUUGGUCCUACCGGACCAGCAGGGCCAAAGGCAGAGCCGGGCAGCCCUGGAGCACAAGGCCCACAGGGACCCCCAGGCCCUCCUGGAUCUGCAGGGCGCCCUGGCAUGCAGGGUCCUCCAGGGAUUGAAGGUCAUGACGGCAAGGAUGGGAAACCAGGAAUGCGGGGUGAUCCAGGUCCAGCUGGGCCUGCUGGACCCAGAGGAAUACCAGGAUUCAAGGGCAUAAAGGGGCAUACCGGAUUCCCGGGACAAAAGGGAGAUAUUGGACCUCAGGGCCCAUCUGGGGCAGCAGGAAGACCAGGGCUUGAGGGUGAUCCAGGACCACCAGGACCACAAGGACCACCAGGAGCACCAGGACAUCUGGGUGCUGCAGGUCCCCCAGGUCAACCAGGACCAGCUGGACCUGCUGGCGUGGGCAUUAAAGGUGACAAAGGCGAAGGAGGAGAGAGAGGGCUGCCAGGAAUGCCUGGUUCUCCAGGGGCCCCCGGGCAUCCAGGACAGAUGGGAGAACCAGGCAGUGAUGGUGCAGCGGGUAAAGAUGGAUCACCUGGUCUGCCAGGAGAGGCUGGUCAACAUGGACAGAAGGGUGAGGCAGGAUCUCCAGGACUGAGGGGGCCGGCAGGAGAGCGUGGACGUCCAGGCCCACCAGGAGGAGGACCCUUCUCCUCUAAAGACUCCGGAGGAAUAAUGGGCCCAGCAGGGCCACGUGGAGAAAGAGGCAACCCUGGAUCUCCUGGACAGUCUGGUUCCCCUGGACCACCAGGAAUCCCAGGAAAUGAUGCUGUUGUCAACUAUGAUGAAAUCAGGUCUUUUAUCAGACAGCAGGUCAUAAAGAUAUUUGAUGAGCGAAUGGCGUACUACAUGUCACGCAUGCAGAUGCCAGUAGAGAUGGUAUCAUCGCCUGGUCGACCUGGACCCCCAGGAAAAGAUGGCAAUCCAGGAAUCCAGGGACCCCCAGGGCUGCCGGGCCGUCCUGGGCAGUUCGGACGGGAGGGCAGACAGGGACCUAUGGGCCCUCAAGGCCCGCCUGGUGUAAAAGGAGAGAAAGGAGAUAAGGGUGUGGGAGAGAUGGGAGAUUCUGGACCCCCAGGAGCUCCAGGUGUUCCUGGACCCCCUGGCUAUGGUAAGAUGGGACCACCAGGCCCUGCUGGUCAACAGGGUAUCCCUGGUAUUCCUGGACCUCCAGGGGCAACUGGCCAAAAGGGCAAAGAAGGCCGCUGUCACCCCUCUGACUGUAUGAGUGGGCCUGUGGAGUACAGCCCUAAGGGCCCUCCUAUUAAAGGCCCCAUGUAUUAGAGAGAGAACAUGAGGGAGUAUGAGGGAACAAGAGAGGGGUAAAGGGAAAGGAUGAGACUCAAACAUCAGCAUUCUCAUCAUCAUUUUUGUGAUAUUGAAUCUGCCUGCUAAUGCACCUUAGAAGAUCUCUGGAGAAGAAACAGUGGAAUGAAUGGGCAUUUGUGUCACCAUACAAAAGCAAAUGCUACUAUGCCGGGGUUCUGGCAUACCACCAAUGGAGUAAUAUAAGCUAUCUGUUAAAGGAGAACCAGUGCCUAAAGGAUAUCGAUUCCCUGCAAUUACAGCCACAAACCCUCUUGGAAUACCUGGAUUAUCACCCAUCAUGCCUCUCUUUAAUUUGGAGUUCUCUACUUUCUGAUUUCGUUGGAGUUUCUGUUUUCUAAUGCUUGACUGAAGACUUCUGGAUUGAGGGCCCUGAUUAAAAAAAUAGACCUUCACUAUCAACACACUGAUUUACUGGCUUCAUUGGUGUCAUCAGUGAGAAGCUCAGCUAUGAACCGUUUUUCUUCCAUGUCAACACUUCCUAUUUUUUUUUUUGUGCUGAAAUGCUUUCUAAAAAAAAAAAUAUUCCUCCAGUUUUGGGUCUUCUUGGCAGCUGCUGCAUUCUGCUGAAUUAUUGCUUUGCUGAAAAAUAUUUCACACAGUCCUUUCUGAAAUUUUUUUCUUGUUCCCUAUAGUAACCUCAACAAAAUAUCCCAAAGGAAAGUGCCUUCAAUCUUAUUUUGAGCCAGACUACACUAUAAGUUCCCUACAUUAAAAUGUAAAAUGUUUAUAAUCAUAAUCGACUUGUAAAGGUGGUAAAAUCGAGACAUAAUGAUGCCUAUUUACCCUCGAGGUUGUGUUGUACAUAUUUAUAUUUAUAUGUAACGGCUUUUUUAUACAUUUGCAAUAGAUUGGCAUCAGCAUGGCGGUCGUUAUUUUUGCCACGAUCAUCUCAGAUCUAUUGUGGUAUUUUUUAAAAGCACUAAACGAGACAAUAUUUUGUAAAAUGUUGAAGUUAAUGACUUGUUUACUUAAAUGAAACAAUUUUUACUACAGAUUUAUAAAGGAAGAUAAUAUUGUGAGCAAUUUUUAGUGACACUACAACUCAUGGCCUUGUACCAUUAACCUUUUAAACCUUUUAGACUUGAACUCCUUUGUUUGAUAUACUGUACCACUUUCAGGUGAACCACGUGCUUCCACCCAGACACACUUUGCUGUGUUUUCAUCUUUAGCUUCUCCAUCAGCCACAGUCUCUAGUCCUCAUCCCAUCGUCUGAAAGCAGUCCUGAUAUCACCACAUUCACCCUGCUGCUGUGUGCCAGCCAGAUGCCAACCUGAUUCGUUUACAGUCAGCACUUUAUCCUCUCUCUGUCAGGCGUUCAGAACUGUUUGUGUGUGUGAGCAUGUGUGUGUGUGAGUGUCUGUGAGUGGGUGCAUGAUGUCUUUUUAAUUGAUUUUUAAAACCAAAAGAGCCAAACCACUUUUGUAGCCCCACUUUGAGCCUUUUUUUAAAGAAAGCAUGAACAUUAAGAUUUGGGUCAAACAUCUAUGAAAUUGUCUUUAAAAGUACAAUUAUAUAAGCAUGUACUGUAUGUGUGCGUGUAUUUGUUUGUAUGAUAUUAAAGUGUGUGUAUGUGAGCCAUUUAAAGGUGCACUAUGUAGGAUUAAAAGUAAAAAAAAAACAUAUUGUUUAAAAUAUAUAAAAUCGUUCUGUGUGUGAAGCAUGCUUAAUGGUAACAUUCUAAUAAAUGUAUUGUAACGAGUCUCUUUAGGAUGCACAAAAAUUGGAAUAUUUAGAGGAUGCUCAAUACAAGUGAAAUAUAACUAAAACAAUCUUUAAAAAAAUCACUGUGAUAUAGAAUAUAAUUAUUAGUCUGAAGCCAAUAAAUAACUGCAUUUUUUUUAACAAUUGCACAUAUCAUUGUGCAUCCCUAGUCUCUUUAUACCAUUUUCACUUAUGAAUUUAAAAAUGGGAAAAAAAAUCAGCCAUGUAGUGUACAGCCAGAGACUGUUAACCUCAGAUUAGUUCUCACUACAGGAAAACUUUCAUGUAAUUUAGACUUUUCAGACUGCCAGAUUGCUUUAGUUGAUGCCUGCAUAACAUGUGCAGCAGUCCCAUUGAAUUCUCUAAAAAACUGCUCUGUUUAAACAUGGGCUCACUCACAACCUGUGACAUUUGUAAUAAAUUUGGGCAAAAUGGCAAAAUUUGUUAUUGAUUUACAUUUUCUUAGCACAAUGCCUGCAUGUAUGAGCAUUUGAUGGAUAUCAUCACUACUUAAAACCACUGACCAACAUAAUUAGCCCUGUUAAACUGGAUGAAGUGCUGCAAAUUCGGAAUAAAUCGUCUUGUACUAUUGUACAGUGUGUUUUUUAGUCUGCAUUUGCUCAGUAUCAUAAUACACAUUGGUACAUUACAUGCAUCAUGAAAAUGUAUGGAGGUAUAAAAUUUAUGCCAUACUGCCCACACAGUUUCAUCUUAAAAAUCCUACAUAAUGCACCUAUAAUCUUUACAGUUCUGUUACCAAGGGUUACCCUAAUUUACAUUAAACAGAAAGACUUGCUGUUCAUCACUUCAUUUUGCAAUGCUUUAACAAACCUCAAGCUUUAAAAGGGUGAAAAAGAAGCCACCGUUACCUAUAGCUCCAUUUUGUGUUGUUCAUGUUGUAGCCACUUGUUGUGCAAAUCGUUUUUUAACAAAAAAUAAGAAAAGCAAUAAAGUUUUAAAGCAGA